UAACUUUGUAUAUAUCUAACCCCAGGCGGCGAUGUAUCCCGUGUGCUGGUCGUCUCGCGCGUCGGGGUGGCCGGGUGCGUCGCGGCCAGGUAAGGGGCAGCUGUCCACCAGGUGCCAGUCACCCCUCCAUGUGUUUCCACCACCUUGAAACCGGUGGGGAUCGGCGCGGUAUCAUUGGACGCCGGCUCGCGCGCGUUGCGGCAAUACUAUCGCGCUCCGCGACAGAAAACAGUCAGUCGUCCCAGGGCGCUCGACGGGAGACGUAGGCGAUUCGCGAUUCAUUCGCCACUCGUCGCCGUGACACGCGGUCCUCUACGACAGUCUCUCCUCUCCCCUGUCGGAUUUAAGGUUUAAUAUUAUAGUGAUCCGGACAAACCGUCAGACGUUAUCAAGUCACGUUUAAUUUCUGGCGCGCCUCAUUUCUUCAUCGGGGAAUCUCUUCGCGCUCUGAAACCUCACGUAGCUUUUCACGAUUGAUAGUCGAGCACAGUGGUGUGAAGGAAACGGAAGGAAUAAUUUCGUCCUCACGAUCAGUGUCCGAAAGUGCGAUCGUCAGUGAGUCACGUCCGUCGUACUUUAACUCCAUCGUCCUCCUGUUUCUCUCUCUCUGUCUCUCUUUCUGUCUCUCUAUCCCUUCAUCUCUAUCUCGCCGCGGGUUUUCGCGACUGACUCUCUCGGGGGAGCAGCACGACCACAUUUAUGGGGGUGUCCGGAGAGUGCGUGGUCAAGGGCAGCAAAAGCAGCCACCCCUGUCACUGCUGCAGCCACGUCGGCAGCUCCGGCGCGAGCGUGCAACAGCAGCAGCAAACCAACGGCGAGCCGUACCAUCAACAUCAUCAUCAGCACCACCAUCAUCACCAUCAUCAUCACCAUCACGGCAAGCACGCACCAGGGAGCGCGUCGCCGCAGCACAACAACAGCGGCGACAACAACAUCCUGGCACCUUUGCGCAGCAAGAUGAAAGUGCUCAAGAAGCUCAAGCGCAAGAUGGGUCUAGCGCCCAGAUCCUCGAGCGCGGGUACCAACAACCUGCCGCCGUUGACGUUUCACCACGUCCACGGUGACAACAUCAGGCUGUGCAAUGGCGGCACGAUCGCCCGGAGGCACGAGAGUUUUUGCAAGGGUGUCACCUUCAGCGCCAGGCCCGUGCGAGUGGGCGAGAAGGUCUGCGUCAAGUUUCUGGAGAUCUCCGACAAUUGGAGCGGCGUGAUCCGUUUCGGCUUCACCAGCAACGAUCCGAUCAACCUACGGAGUGGCCUGCCAAGAUACGCGUGUCCAGAUUUGACGAACAAGCCCGGCUACUGGGCUAAGGCGCUCGCCGAGCGAUUCGCCGAAAGGGACACGGUGCUCUUCUAUUACGUCACGUCGGCUGGCGACGUGCAUUUUGGUGUCAAUGGCGAGGAGAAGGGUCUCUUCUUCAGCGGCGUCGAGACCCGUGGCCCGCUAUGGGCGAUCAUCGACGUUUACGGCAACAGCACGGCGAUCGAGUUCGUCGAUCCGAAUCGCCAGCAUUUCAACAACAUCCGCAGGGGCGCCGAGCACAGCAACGAGGACAAUGCCCAGCACAGCAGGCACUCUGCCAUGGACGAUGCCAGCAACGCCGGCCGAGACGUUGAAAGGAUAAUCGUGCCGUCUAUGCAGAGCAUGUCGAUCCAUCAUGAACCCGACGUCGAGCUACCAGGACUUAGGUUUCAACCCCCCGGCGUCAUCUUCACUCCUUUGCCCUUCCACUCCACUCGGGGCAGAAACAUCCGUUUCAGCAACCAACAGUGCGUGGCGACGCGCACCGACACGGAAUUCUGUCACGGCUACGCGUUCACGGGUCGACCAUUGCUACUGGGUGAGCGACUGGUCGUACAGAUUCUCUCAACGGAGCCGAUGUACGUGGGCGCUCUAGCUCUGGGCUUGACUUCGUGCGACCCGGCGCGACUCACAGCGGAGGAUCUGCCGGACGACAGCGACCUGCUGUUAGAUCGCCCCGAAUACUGGGUGGUCUCCAAGGACGUGGCAUCGAGUCCACAGCCCGGCGACGAGAUUGCCUUCACGGUCACGCACUACGGCGAGGUGCAGAUGAGCAAAAACGGCGGCCCGCCCAACGUCGUCAUGCACGUCGAUCAGAGUCUCCAGCUAUGGGCAUUCGUGGACGCCUACGGGAGUACUCAACGUGUGAGAAUGCUAGCCAGCAGACCGACUUCACCGCCUCGACAACGUCAGAGCAACCCAUCACCUGCCAACAUCGUUCAACAACAGCAACAGCAGCAGCAGCAACACUCGAAUCACAGCAACGCUGCUACGGAACUAUCGAGAUUCUCCGAGAUGGUGCAGUUUAAGCCGGCCGUGGGCGGCGGCACCGUACUCGUCGUGAAUCUGCCACCGCAGGCCGGUUACCCGACGCCACCGCCACCCACGCCGCAACCGAUCUACGCGUCCGCGACGCACAGAAAUCCACCGCCGCAGCCGGUGCAUCUCUCCGCGGCCGCACCCGCGCCGAUACCGCAUCCCGGUUCCUCGAGACAAUCCUCACCGCCGUUAACCGGCACCAUGGCCAGCACCGGUUCGUCCACGUACGUCGACCCGGUCACCUAUCAGAGCCUGGAGGGCACCUUGACGCACGCGGCGCACGCAACGUCGUCCCACUUGCAGCAGUGGAGCGAAGGUCUGCAGCCGACUCUCGCCGGCCAGCCGAGCGAGUGCUCCAUCUGCUACGAGCGCAGCAUCGACAGCGUGCUCUACAUGUGCGGCCACAUGUGCAUGUGCUACACCUGCGCGAUUCAACAAUGGCGCGGCAAGGGCGGCGGCCACUGUCCGCUCUGCCGGGCACCGAUCCGCGACGUUAUCCGCAUCUACCGCUCCUGAACGGUUCCGAAUUGAGAGAACGUGAGAGUGAGAGAGAGAGAGAGAGAGAUCGCGGAUGUGCUUAUACCCGGUUUCCACCGCCGCCGCGUCCAUCAUUGUGCUUCCGUCGUCUUGGUUUCCUUCCGCGUCGAAUCCACCGCGCUUCAUCCCCGUCGCCCUUCUCGCCCGUGUCCCCUUGCGACUAGCGGAACAAAUAAACGAACGUAGAAUCGAAGCGGAAGCCGCCGUUUUCACUGCCACUAUAUCUUGUUUUUUUGUUUUUUUUUUUAAUGAAACGUGAGGCGCGUAAAAUAUACGAGGAAGUAAUAUAAUUAUUUGUUAACGUGACGCCUCGCGUCAAAUUAUACGGAUUAAAAUUAAGCAGUUCCCGACGUGCCAAUGAUACCGCGUCGCUGUCAAUUAACAUGUCAAUAGGUGGACCAUCGCAUCGUGCACAAAGAAAGCAGUGCUUUCAAAAUCGCGAUCACUGCCGCCGUUACUUAUCAGGCGAGAAUACGGAGAUGAAUCGCCGCGGAUUCGAACGAAUGAGAGAGAGAGAGAGAGAAUGAGAGAAUGAGUGACAAAUCGCUGUAGUUGAUUGAGUUUGCUUGUAUAUCGAUAUGCUGUCUGCCAGUCUGUGAGUGAGAGAAACGCGUGAAUGAAUGCGAUUACGUCAUCGACAAAAAGAGACAGAUCGAUGCUAGAUAUUUUCACAAGCGAUAUAAUCGUCACUACAAUUACCACGAUUACUAGUACCGCUCUGAACUAUUACUACUACUAUCGCUAUUACUAUUACUAUACUAUCAUACUACUCUUCCAACCUUUAAUAUUAUUAUUUUAUUAUCAUUAUCAUUAUAUUACUAUUAUAUUUUUAUUAUUAAUAUUAAUACUAUCGUUAUUAUCGAUUACAUUAUUAGUUAUUCGACCAUUAUAAUUGUCUUUAAUUACUCGCGAGCAGCUUUGUUUGCCACAAUUGCUAUUAUUUUUACGAUUUGCCGAUUAUAGUAUGAUUGGUGAAUUAACAUAGUCAUUAUCUCGUAGCAUGAUUAUUAUUUAAUGGACCGUGUGAUUUAGUGCGAACUUUACCGAAUCUACGACGCCUAGGGCAUUUGGAAAGCUUAUUCGCGCAUUCCGCCGUCCUCUAGGACGAUCGAAAAGUUCUUGUUUGUCGUCCUGCAUCUUAAUCACGAGAAAGUGAUGGGCUCGGGAUACAAAACUGUUUAGUUCUUUCGCCGAUCAUUUUCGUUUUCAACGAUAACGCUUGAACGUUUAUGAUCGCCGCCAAUGUUUCAGGCGGGAUUUUACCAAAGAUCCUAAGCGUCUGUUUCUCUGCCCUUCGCGAUACUUAACUCGCGUGCGGGCAGCCCCGAAGAUGACAGUUCGCUUAAAUCUAAUUGAACGACAUCCGUUUUGCUGCAACGCUAAAACGUUAGACAGAUUAAUUAGAUCGACAGAUCGUGGCACAAAUAUCGCGUUUGAUUAAUUACAUCCGACAAUCAGACCCUAUAAGCGCAAUUUUCUUAUAAAAAGUUUAAUAUGGAAGUUGAUGUAAUCGUUGCGAAUUUUCAUAGUAAAACCUUGUUUUGGAUACUAUUCGACGGAAUUUGGAGCGAUAAAAGAUUUAAAUUUGUUUCAAAUUCCGCCGACAAACACGUUACUUUCGUAUUUUUAUUUUCAGCAACUCAUGUUGAGCCUUCGGAUAAAAAAUUCUGCUUAAUUUUCGAGGUAAUGCUUCGUGCCUCGAGUGUUUUGUUAACUGCGUGUUUGUAAAAAAUUUCAUCUCGAAAAGACAUUGCCCUAGGCAAAAUUCGCCUGUGAAGGUCUUCGUAAACGCGAAUUCGCACGGCGCUCUUUGAUCCGUUAUGAACGAAACGAAGUUUUGUCCACGACAAGUAUCGUAAAAAAUUAUUUUGCGAUUCGUCUGCCCGAGAGAGGAAGACGACGAAUUUUCUACGAUCAAGAGAAGAUGGAAGAAACGAUUUUCGAGCCAAGGGAGAGGGAGGGAGAGGCGAAGUGUCUGGCCCUUUAAAGAAUUAAUUUUUAACGAGAAGCGAAGGAGCAAUGUCCUCCUUUCGACUAUAAUAACGGAUGCGCAAUAAAGCGGUAGUGAAAAUCUCUAGUCCAGCGAGCGGCAGGCUCAGUCUGCCAAUCCAAAAAGUAUGAUAAAAAGAAAAGCGUUUCCCCCUUUUUCCUCUUAAGUAAACGGAAGAGGGAGAUAGGUAGAAUACAGGGAGAGAGGGAGACCGAGAAAUUUUAUAGAUACGAGGAGGAAGAUGCAAAUUAUAUCACGCGCGUCUGCCAGCGAACGGCGUGUCCGAGAUUCUAUUAAAAAAAUAUAACAAUAGAUUAUUAUUAUUAUUCUAUUGAAUAUGAUAUGACGAUAAGAACCAGUCCAAAAAACACGUCGCUGACGAAGCGACGAUAGAGCGAGCGAGAGAGAAAGAGAGAUAGAGUAAGAGAGAGUAAUGCUUGAUAAUAAUUACGACGAAUGUUUAUGAUUAACCUAUCAUCGUUAUCGUUCCGAUCAGCGUGAUUAAUUGUCGUAUGUUAUUCUGUCGUCAGCUUGGCCACGCCUCGAUCAUUUGCGCAACACUAUCGCCUUUAUUAUUAUCGUAAUUAUACGACUAACGAUUAUUUAAUUCGACAUUUAUAUUCACAAAGUUUAAUACAUCCGCGAGAGAAUACGCGUUUCUUUCCUUUCGUCUUCUUUGCAAUAUCUAUUUUAAGUUUCUCACGUAUCAGCGUAACAUGCACAAAUACGAAACGUUCACGAUUUUUACACCACACUUAUACAUACUCGAAGAAGAACAAAAGUUUUACGUGCGCGAUGCGAGAGUUUCUCCGACCGUAAUGUAAAGAUGCCGACGGAAAUUUAUACAUAUGUAAUAUAAUUCGCGCAGCCGCGUGCUGUGUUCUAUACAAUAAAAAGCCUAUAAUAUCAA